AGCAUUAACACACAGUGUCUACUGAAGAGUGGAGCCUGUGGUUAAGUCAAGGAUGGGUCUUCUAACAUUAAGACUAUGUACUGCCUUAUUUAAAAAGCCGUAACUGUGCUUGUUGAUGCAGUAGUGCUGUAAUCUCUAUUUUGGCUCUUUUAGCACAUGCAUGUGUGAAUUGUGUGCUAUUGCUAGCUGGAUGAAUGAAGCACUUAAUUUACUCAAGUAACACUAUUUGGUUUUUUUUCCAGGGCUAUGGGUUUGCCAUGCAUGGUUUUAACAAGUAAAUCACAUCACCGUUCAAGUAAACACAACAAUUUGCAGGAAAUGUUACAUUAGUUUGCUGAACUUAAAUGAGUUGUUAGGAAUACACACCCACUAUAUUUAACUUAAAAUGAAUUAGUUGUUGAAACAAAAAUGUGUUUUUACUUGUUUUUUUUUUUUUGUUUUUUUUUUAAGGUAUGCUUUUUUUAAAAGUAAGGUUAAUUAAUUAGAUUUUACAGUGAAUAAGUUGAGAUGCCAGUCUUAUGAAGCAAUAAGCCAUUCAAGGGACUUAAUGUUUUUAUGAUUUUAUAAAAAAGCAAUAGGAUAAAAGACAGUGUUUAAUAAUUAUUUAGCUUUAUUUAUUAAUAAUAAUAUUAACCCUUGUGCAUCCUUGAGGACAUUUUUGUCUUUUUCAUUUUUUUUUUUAUCAUUUUGCCUGUUAAUGCCAACUGCGUUUGAUGCAUCUACUGUACGUAGUGUGUACAAGUUUUGCAAAACUAUCACAAGAUUUGUAUUUGCUGCUACAAAGGUCAUGGUUAGGUAGGCUCACUGUGGGACUCCAGAUAAACACUGGGGUACAAGAAGGGGUACAAGAAGAGUAAAAUACUUUUCUUCAGUACUGUACCGUGUAACCACAUGUAUGUAGCUACACAAUGUGUCCACUGUAAAACAUUUUAAGGUAAGCACAUAGUUAAAGAUACCUAAUAUAAAUUGUUACUUGGAAUUAAAUAUUGGCUUUGAAAGCGGCACCUACAGUCAGAUUUCAAUGUCAGAAAGAUUUAAUUUCUAAUAAGAUUUGAUCAAGAAUUUCAGAUUAACAUCAGUUUAACUGCAUUUUUGCAAUAAGAAUAAUAAAGCCCUCUCUGAUUACAGAAGAAGGACUCCUGGUUUAUUUCAUGACUUUGUCAUCAUGAGAUUGUCUCCAGUUUUACAGCGUCUGCUGGUUUUAAUAUCAGUACUGUCACUGACGAGGGCACAAACAACACCUGCACCCACAACACCUGCACCCACAACACCUGCACCCACAACACCUGCACCUGCACCCACAACACCUGCACCCACAACACCUGCACCUGCACCCACAACACCUGCACCCACAACACCUGCACCUGCACCCACAACACCUGCACCCACAACACCUGCACCCACAACACCUGCACCUGCACCCACAACACCUGCACCCACAACACCUGCACCUGCACCCACAACAACUGCACCAACAACAGUGUCAGCCAUUGCACAAACAACUGGAAAGCCAUGGACAGCACCAGCGAUAUUCUAUCCAUUCGGCUCAGCUGCAGGAGACACAGAACAUGUUUUUUACAAUUAUAAUGGUGAUGAAAGCUACGUAUCUGUUGGCAUAUCCACUCCAUAUACGUUCUUUGGCCGCACAUACAACCAGUUAUACGUUCAUUCUAAUGGACUCCUUACAUUCAACCAACCUCAACCAGCAUCAGGACCCAACUACAAUCCCACCAGAGGAGCUGAAGAUUUCAUUGCUCCUCUCUGGGGUGACAUUGACGACCAGUACAGUACCGUUAUGUUCUCAUAUCAUCAGUACAGAAAUGGAAGUGUGCUCACUCGCGCCACUCAGGAUAUAAACCAGUAUUUCCCUCAGAAGACAUUCACUGCUUCUUCAGUCUUUGUUGUCACUUGGGAAUUUGGUGAUCGCACAAGCCCAGCAAUCACGUUGCAAGUGGUUUUAAUUUCAGGUGGAGGUUUUUCUUUCUUUUUGAUGAAUUAUGGUAACUGUGCUAUGAUAUCUGAUCAAGUUCAGGCUGGGUAUGACACAAUAAACUCCACAAACUUCUUUGUAAUUCCUGAUUCAAUUAAUGGCAACUACCAAAACCUCAAGAACACGAGUAACGUGAACGUUCCAGGUCGCUGGGCCUUCCUUGUGAACAACGCACCAGGGAUAUUCUAUCCAUUCGGCUCAGCUGCAGGAGACACUGAAUAUUCUUUUAAUAUUUAUAAUGAUGAAAGCUACGUAUCUGUUGGCCUAUCCACUCCAUAUACAUUCUUUGGCCGCACAUACAACCAGUUAUACGUUCAUUCUAAUGGACUCCUUACAUUCAACCAACCUGAACCAACAUCAGGACCCAACUACAAUCCCACCAGAGGUGCUGAAGAUUUCAUUGCUCCUCUCUGGAGUGACAUUGACGACUAUUACAGUGGCGUGUUCUCGUAUCAUCAGUACAGAAAUGGAAGUGUGCUCACUCGCGCCACUCAGGAUAUAAACCAGUAUUUCCCUCAGAUGAGAUUCAAUGCUUCUUCAGUCUUUGUUGUCACUUGGGAAUUUGGUGAUCGCACAAGCCCAGCGAUCAAGUUUCAAGUGGUUUUAAUUUCUGGUGGAGGCUUUUCUUUCUUUCUGAUGAAUUAUGGUAACUGUGCUGUGCUAUAUGAACAAGUUCAGGCUGGAUAUGACACAAUAAACUCCACAAAGUCCUUUGUAAUUCCUGAUUCAAUUAAUGGCAACUACCAAAACCUCAACAACACAAGUAACAUAAAAGUCCCGGGUCGUUGGGCCUUCCUUGUGAAUAAUGGAUCAGAAAGUGUCAUAGGAGUUCAGCUGAAAGUUGCCUCAUUUACAGACCUAACACAGAGUGGGAACAUUGAGAUUUUGCUGCAGAAAAUAAAACAAGAUUUGGUCAGUCAUGGACUGUCAAGUCAGUUUGAGCUGAAGUUGAGAAAAGUCAAAAAGACACAGCCGUAAUAUCAGCCUCAUACAUGGAAGGACAUUAAAACAGAGACCAGAAUGCCAUUGCCAUUGAAGAUUUAGACAUCCCUGCUCACUCUACAGGAAGGGGAACUUACGUAAUUUCUCAACCUUCAAAUUAUUUUCUGUUUCUCACAGGCAUAUAUAAUGCACAUAAUCAACCACAUACAAACAUGAAAUUAUGUAAUAAUAGUAACAAUAAUGAUGAUAAUAAUAAUUACAUUAAUAGCAGCUAUAUGUUCCAACUCUUUUCUAUGUUUAUUUAGCUUAAAUAAUCAUAGUUGAUCCUCCUUUUUUUUUUUUUUUUCCUGUGUCCCAUCAUUCUUUGUGUUAUCAGAUCUCUUUAACAGCUUCAGGGUUUUAAACUAAUCAAACUGAUCUGUAGUAUGUGAACAAUAAAAUUAAAUCUGUUAUUUGUCUGCAACUUUUUAAUGGAAACAUAACUUAAAAUAAGAAGACAAAUACUUGACCAAACUGCUUUGCCUUUAAAACACUUUGAAUAGUCUCAGUGGUGAGAAAUAUGUGAAAUAUUUUAUUUAGUCUACUUUUGUCUGUUUAGCACCUUUAUCAAGUAAAACAAAACAAAUCUUGUUUCAUUUAGAUUGGCAUAAAGAAAUAAUGUAUAAAAAUGAGCCUACUGAAAUACGUCUAUAUUUGAUAGACUGAGAGCUUAUUUUGGUGCCUGUGGCUGAGGGAACCUGUCUGUUCAUUUGCUCACCACCAGGGGGAGACAAUAGGUUAAUGUGGGUGAUUGAGAUACCUGAGCACUGCAGAAAAUGAACUGCUAAAAUAAAUCAGUUCAUUCUGGUCUCGUUACCUUUCAUUAAAAUGUAAUAGCUUGCUCAUUGUGAAAGUAAAAUAGAUUUUUAAUGCUAUUUUUUAAGUUACCUUACUAUUAUAUGUCAUUUACAAUAUAUGACAGAAAUAGAGUAGUGUAAUGAACCCAACUGCCACUAAGGGGCACUGGUGAGACUUCUUAUCGUGGGCUAACGCUUACACUGCCACCACCUUUAAUUUUUUUUUGCAAUUUUAACAAACAGAGGUUACAAUAACCUACAAACAAUCUUUCAGAUAAUAUGUUAUGGCUCAAUAGUCAACAAAGGAAGGGAGAGGGAGCCCCCCACAAAAAUGAACAAAAGCAUAUCAAAAGAAUACUAAACAUGGCACAAAUUCUAGAUGUUUUUAUUACAGACAUUGAGAUUGUAUUUAAAUACAAAUUCAGUUCUUGUUUGAAGAUGUUAAAGCAGGGUUUACUUUUUGUAUAUUUACAUUUAUGGAUACAAAACUUUCCAAUAAAUAAAAGAUUUAUACAAAAACUU